CUUGAAGGCAGGACCCAUGAUGAAUAUCCUCCAGCCCCCAGCAAUGCCCAAGCUGCACCCCAUACAAUUCUAGCUGAUCAGCGCUGGAGAAGUCAAGCUUCUAGAGGCUAGUUGAGACACUGGAAUUUGGUGAAGUGGGAGCUCAACUUGUCCGCCGUUGGAGAUAAGAGUCCUGUGCCAAAGGGCCGGGUGUUUGUGGGCAAUCAGUAGCCGAUCCGGGAAGCGCAGCAUCUAGAUAUCUGACAGCAAGCUGCUCUGGCCGCCGCCGCCAUGGCUCAUUCGCAGGGUCAUUCGCACGACGUGGUCAGGUUCUUUAAUGCAUGGCCCAGCCCCUUCGCCCAGAGGGUGUGGAUCGCCCUCAACAGAAAGGGCAUCGACUAUGAGAGGAUCGACAUCGACCCGUCGUAUGAGCGCAAGCCGCCAGAGCUGCUCAAAGCCAAUCCCAAAGGGACAGUGCCCACAAUCAUCCACAAAGGGCACAGCGUCUAUGAGUCCUCCAUCGUGAUUGAGUACCUUGAGGAUGCCUGGCCGUACCUGCCAGCAGACCGGGCCCUCUUCCCCAAGGAGCCUCACCUCAAGGCGCAAGCGAGGAUCCGCAUCAACGCUAUCAACACGGAGUUCGUGCCGUCCUUCUUCUCGCUGUUCCUGGCUAAGACUCAGUCGGAGGUGGAGAAAGGCCGGGAGAAGUUCACCGAGCAGCUGCGCAACGUGAACGACGCGCUCAAGGAGUCGUCACCCGAGGGGCCGUUCUUCUCGGGACCAAAUCUCGAGGCGGUGGAUGCUAACCUGAUCCCGUUCGCGGUCCGGCUUUUCAUCUUGGAGCGCCUUCGCGGAUACAAGACUCCGUCCGAGGAGGAGCUCCCGCGCUUCUGGCAAUGGCUGAAGGCGGCAGAGAAGCACCCGGCGGUGGUGCCCACAAUCCACGACCAACAGGAGAUGCUCGACUUCUAUCAGAAGUACGCCGAGAAGAAGGGCGCGCUGCCGACUGGGCCGGAAUUGCUGCUGGUUCCUUCAGUGAUUGUAGGUCAAAAGGAGCUCGGAGACCAAUCGAAAUUCUUAUUCUGUAUGCCCAGCUUUACCUAAGCUGCCGUGGCACUUUAACAUGUGGUAGCGCUGUCUCGUCAAAAGUAAAGCACUGCGGGUCUAAGCGACUCGAUUCAACCGUUUUCAGGAGAGACAACUUCCCGGUCAAGGUCCGCAACUUUUGACAUGUCAGAGUUUUGCCAUGCUUUGCAUACACAACAAUAUCCAGGCACUUGAAUAAACUUUCAGCACUCGCGCCGGAUUCAGUUUUCUAACAUGGUUAGCUUCCUGGC